UGCUUCUCUCCUAGAGAUCAAAAACAUCCAUUUCUCCAAAAUUUCCAAUCUCAAUUUGAAAAUUACAAAAAAAGAAAAAAGAGAGAGAAAAACCCAGUUGGAAAUUAUUACCCAAAUAAAUAAAUAGUAGUUUACAAUUAUUUUUGAAGAAGCGUCUUAGAUUCUCAGCUUUAUCACUGUAUUGAUAAUUCCCCUUCUUCUCUCUAACAGAAAUACUUGAAAUUUGUAGUAAAGAAAACCAGAAAACAUGUCGGCUCCUGCGCAAGAAGAGGAGAAGACCCUUCAAGAAGAGCUUUCUUUACCAAUCUUAUUAGCAGACCGCGUAAUCAAGUCCGCCCAGGAGGCUGAGUCCUCCAAACAGGAGUGCGCCGAUCUUGCCCGUCAGGUCGACCGUCUUUCUCAUAAGCUCCGAUCAUGCGUCCGUCUCUCCACUUCUUCUACUCCCAACCAGCCCAUUUACGAGCGCCCACUCCACCGAAUCGCCGCCGAUAUCGCCAAGAACCUCGAUCGAGCUCUCACCCUCGUUCGGAAGUGCAGACACAGUGGUCUCCUCCGCCAUGUCUUCUCCAUCACCACCACCGCUGAUUUCCGCAAGGUUUCUAACCUCCUCGAGUCGUCUAUCGCCGACAUGAGCUGGUUACUCUCCAUUUACGAUUUCUCUGACGGCGGUACCGACCUCUCUCUUCCUCCUAUUGCCAGCAACGACCCAAUUCUCGCCUGGGUCUGGUCUUAUAUCUCCACCAUAAUCAUGGGACAGCUCAAGGACCGCAUCGAUGCCGCGAACGAGCUUGCUUCUUUGGCUCGCGAUAACGAUCGUAACAAGACCAUCAUCGUCGAGGAAGGUGGGGUUUUGCCUUUGCUUAAGUUGCUCAAGGAAGGCGCUUCACCUGAAGCCCAAAUCGCCGCAGCCAACGCGCUUUUCAAUAUCGUCACGGACCAGGAGAAAGUGAGGUUGGUUGUGGAUGUUCUUGGGGUACCCAUCAUUGUGGCUGUUCUUGGGGAAUCGUCCAUGAAGGUGCAGAUUGCGGUGGCUAAUUUGGUGGCUAGAAUGGCUGAACUUGACCCCAUUGCGCAGGAGGAACUCGUUAGAGAUAAUGUCAUAAGGCCGCUGGUUUCUUUGCUGUCCAUGGAUUUGGUUCUUGAGGUUGCCAAGCCACAGGUGGGGAGGAGCAUUCAUUCACUUGUUCAGAUGAAUAAAGAAUUGGCAGAGAAGUAUCCGGGGAAUAGCAAAAAUAAUCAUAGUGGAACCAGUAAUCACAGGGGAACUUUGAAUUUCUCCACCCACUCGUCUUUCUCGGACGGUAGCAGCAGGGGUAACCAUCUUAGGAAGGAAAGGGAGAUGGAGAGCCCCGAAAUGAAGCUUAAGCUUCAGGUGAGCUGCGCAGAGGCUUUGUGGAAAUUGGCUAAAGGGAGAUUAUCUACAAGCAGGAAGGUUACAGAGACAAAAGGGUUACUUUGUUUGGCCAAGAUUAUUGAGAAAGAGAAGGGGGAGUUGCAGUUUAAUUGUUUAAUGACAGUUAUGGAGAUCACCAUGGUGGCCGAGGAGAAUUCUGAUCUCAGACGGGCAGCUUUCAGGACCAACUCUCCUGCUGCAAAGGCAGUUUUGGAUCAGCUGUUGAGGGUGAUUCAGGAAGAAAGCACUCCCGAAAAUCAUAUUCCUUCUAUUAGAGCAAUUGGAUGUUUGGCUAGAACUUUUUCUGCAAAAGAGAAACCAAUAAUUAGUCAUUUGGUCAAGCAGCUUGGUAAUAAAAAUGUGGAAGUAGCCACCGAAGCUGCUAUAGCACUGGGGAAGUUUGCCUGUCCAGAUAAUUUCAAUUGUUCAGAGCAUUCAAAGGCCAUAAUUGAGUUUGAUGGUGUCCCACCUUUGAUGAAAUUGAUAAGAGUAAAUAAUCGAGCUCAAAGGCAUGGACUUGUAUUGCUCUGUUAUCUUGCUCUCAAUGCGGGAAACAGCAAAGCCCUUGAACAAGCCUGCGCUUUGAAUGCACUUGAGGGGGCAGCUCGCUCUGUUGUUGCUCAACAUCCUGAUCUGAGGGAUUUGUUCGCCGAAGCCAUACACCAUCUUACUCUUUAUCAGGCUGGAGCUCAUCCACACGGGCAGACACUUACAGUGUGACAAAUAAUCCAUGUGUGUUUGUGAGUUGAAGAAAACGAAGGUCACCUUGAUGGGUAGUUGGUGAAUCUUCCUUUGUCAGCUAUGUUUAUGGAAUUGGAAAUAGCAUUGUUGAGAAAAUUUACUAUGUACGUGGAAUGCAUAUAGAUUUUUCUCCAUUCUCUCCUUUUUUUUCAGAUUGACAAUCAGCAAUAUUUAGUUUGUAAAUCUUAUGAGUCACCAACUUUUUGGUGUUGGUGGGGGGGGGGGGGGAAGAGAGUUACAUUCAGCAGCUACUGUAGCUACAUUUUAGAGUUCUCCAUCAUACAAGUUUUCGUUGUAUAUUCAGGACAUUUAAAAUCUAUAUAGAAGUUAGGUUAUGUGAUAAA